UAGAAGUAAUAAGAACUCCUGGUAAGCAGUCUAAGUUCUUGAGGCUCUUGCCAUCCUUUGGAGCCCACUGGUCAUACUUCCCUUUUGAAUCACUGCAAGCCAAGGUAGCAGAGAGGAAAAGGGAUAGGCAAAAACCAAGAAAAAGUGAGCAAUGAUUAGCAUCAAGGAUCUGUAUGGUGUUCUAAGUGCGGUGGUUCCUCUCUAUGUGACUAUGUUUUUGGCUUAUGCUUCUGUAAAAUGGUGGAACGUGUUCUCUCCGGAUCAAUGCGCAGGCAUCAACAGAUUCGUGGCCAUUUUCGCCAUCCCACUUCUCUCCUUUGAGGUUAUUUCAAGGAUAAAUCCUUACAAGAUGGACUUCCUCUUCAUUGCUGCUGAUGGAGUCUCCAAAGUUCUAAUCCUAAUCAUCUUGUUUUCUUGGGCUAAGUUCUCAAAGCGAGGCAGCCUUGACUGGACAAUCACGCUUUUCUCCAUUUCCACCCUCCCAAACACCCUUGUGAUGGGGAUCCCACUUCUGAAAUCCAUGUACGGAGACGAUAAGGAGUACCUCAUUAUCCAAGCCGUGGUUCUACAGUGCAUAAUUUGGUACACUUUGUUACUCUUUCUGUUUGAGUAUAGAGAAGCAAGGAUUUUCAUACUGAACAAGUUCAAGGACAGUAGUGUGAGUAACAGUGAGAGGAGCGGGGAGAAUUUCGGAGGAAUCCAGGAGAUGAUCGGGAGAAACUGCGGCGGCACCGGCGCCGGCGAAGACGAAGUAGUUGAUGUGGUGGUUAGAACGCCUUCCAAUCCUCAGACCACGCAGAAUGUAAACAAGGUGGCUCCAGAUUCUCGGUCAUGUUUGAAACCAACGCCGGCAGGAGGCGCCGCGCAGGAAGACGGUAAAGAGGUCCAUCUGUUCAUUUGGCGAUGCGGGUGUUGCAGUUCUCAAGGUGUUUGUGGGCAGUCAGUGCAAGUCUGCAGAAGAGAAGAGGAAAUCAAAGUCCAAGGGAAGACAGGAGAAGAUGAGAAGCCCAAUUUCCUUAAAGAUCAGAAUAUGGAUUCCUCCACAUCCUCAGCCAUGUUGAAGCAAAUCAUGAAAAGGGUGUGGUUUAAGCUUGUGAGGAACCCCAACUCUUAUGCCAGCGUACUGGGUUUAGCCUGGGCUUUGGCUUCCUGCAGAUGGGACAUAAAGAAGCCCCAAAUCUUGGAGAACUCGGUCACAAUACUGUCAAAUGCAGGCCUUGGGAUGGCCAUGUUUAGCCUUGGUCUGUUCAUGGCUCUCCAAUCAAGGAUCAUAGCAUGUGGGAAUAGACUAGCCGCGUAUGGCAUGCUUGUCAGGUUCUUGGCUGGCCCUGCUGUGAUGGCAGUUGCUUCUGUUGCAGUAGGUCUUAGGGGCACCGUGUUGCGGGUCUCCAUUGUACAAGCCGCUCUGCCGCAAGGCAUAGUUCCCUUUGUGUUUUCCAGGGAAUACAACCUGCAUCCAGAAAUGCUAAGCACAGCGGUAAUUUUUGGAAUGAUUGUCGCCCUUCCCAUCACAAUUCUGUACUAUGUUCUCCUGGGACUGUAAUACGACUGAGUACGUACUCCUGCACCAAACCUGGAAAAGGAUCAAGCAUGGGAAACUUAGCCAUCCUGGUGAUUGAUCAAUCCACAAUAUGCAUCUUAUGUAUCAUUGUCAAGUGUGUUCAUCACAGCUUUUGGACAGCUAAUUAACCAGUAAUGCACACCACAGACAUCACAAUUAUUGAUGGUCUCAAUUCAAUGCUUGCUAGGAGAGAAACCCCACUUCUUAAUAUGAUCAGCAGAUUGGUUUUUAGUUUGUACUACUUUUCCUUUUCCCCCUAUUUUCAAAGGGGAUUAUAUUGUUCUAGUGUGUGUGAGAGAGGGAAAGGAGCAUAUGUAUUUUAUUUUAUUUUUUGCUGUGAUUUGAAAUAGAAUUAGUUAAAACCCA